CUUUUUCAGCAGUUCUUGAAGCGUUCGAUAGUUCCCGGUCUCGUUCUUAGGAUUGCUUUGGGAACCAGCGCUGAGUAGCGGAGACCCUCUGCCCGUCAAGCUACGCAUUCGUGUUCACAUUUAGCUCGACUACGUCGGGAUACGCAUUGUCGAUGGAGAUGAUAAUCACAAAUUCCUACUUCCAGACUCGCCGCUACGUUUUAGCGGCAUCUUUGCUAAUAUUGGAUAAGAAAUAAAUGCAAGCAGAAUUCUUCCGGAUGUUCCACAGGAUCCAACGGAAUGGACCAAUAACUAUUAAGGUGGUAAAUAUUCUAACCAAUAACCGAAGUGAUAUGUGGAGCAGGUGCGCGGGAUUACUGGAGCUAAACAGCACCGAGUGGCGCCAGAAGGAGCGCGAAAACUGUUGGGAGGAAAAUAGCCGUUGAGUACUAUAACCGUUUUUUGUCAACUGGCAAUAAGUAGUCUCCUGCGUUUCGCUCCGAUUUUGCGGGUGAAAAAUAGAGAAAAGUCUUCGGGCACACGACGAUUUAUUUAUCAUCAUCGCGACGUGUCACGCGGGACGCUGCACACUUUGUAACGGAUAUUUUGAAUGCCAGACAUUUUCAACAAUUUUAAAAUGCUUUCUGAGGACAGUGGUCGCGGAGAAUCUACUCCUCGAAGAGUACAGAAGCGGCUAUUUGGUCCAUCAGGCAGUUCCACCAAGAGAAGCUUAUUCGCAGUACAAAAAAUUAAUCCAGAUGGUGGAGCAUCUGAAGAGGAGUCAGACUUAGGACCGAUAUCACCGCUAGCCUUGACUGAUCAAAGUCCUAGUAGCGAUGCAAGUUCAUCUGACAGACAAUUUGAGUCUCCUCUAGGAACACCAGAAACUACACCACGCUCACAUAGCAUUGCUUCCUGGGAUCGUUUAUUACCAUCAAACAACACAAACACAUCCAAUAACAGCCUGUUCCCUGUAUUGAAGCGCUUAACCCGUGCGGCCCGUUCUUCUCCACGGCGUAAAAUCUUUCCAGAAUCCCCAAAAUCAAGGACCAUUACCCCACACAAGAAAUCAAACAGCCAGUCUAUUACUCCAAACCACAUACAACAAACAUUACUCUCCGAUGACAUUAUACCAGACACUCCUCACAAAAGUUUAUACGGUCCGGAGGAUGAUGAUGAUAUCGUAGCAGAAACACCACACAAGGAUAGUCCUGAACAGAGGCUGAUAACUCCUCUUGGUUCUGUAAGUAAGGAUAUACCACUGCCAAGACUGCAUCGAAGGAAAUCACUUAAUCCAUUAGAUACCAAUGAAGGCUCGUCACCAGAAAGAAAAGAGAAUGUAUUGAAAAGACAUUCACAUGAUAUUUUGUCAACAGCUGCAAUAAAACUGUUAAAAUCUGAAGAAAAUUCAACGAUUCCUCGAGCGCGAGCGUCCCUGUUCCAGGAAGUGAAAAAGGAAGACUUUAAACUAAGUACAAAAUCAUUUUAUAGCAACUCCUGCGAGAGACCAAAACGUGAAUAUCAUUUCAGUAUGGAAUGGAGAGAUUCUGAACGCAAUAAUAAGAAACGCAGUCUGUCUCUGCAUGUUGGAGGACACAAACGUUCCGCAAAGCGACGUAAAGUUGGUGAAAUAAAUGCUGGAGUCUCGCAUGGUAUAAAGAGGCCGAAGCCAAAACGACACGUUUCUCGCUCCGAAGCAUUCAAAAAGGAAAAGCAAGAGAUUCUACCAGAAAUUGAUAACAUUGAGAAUUCUUCUCCGGUGGAGGCCAUUAGAUUUACAAAACCUUCAGAAAAUACAAAAAAGGAAGUUAAAGAAAGAGUAUCUUCUCCAGAAGUAAAUCCUAACAAAAAAUUCUUCAAAACCAAGAAGACCAUGGAACCAAACCGUAUCGCUACGGUUACUGUAAAUAGUAAAAAUAAAUUAAAAAUAUCCAAUGGUAGGAGUCCUCUUAAUCAGAGAAAGUCACGGUAUCAUGGUAAUGUUAAUAAAAAACCAAAACUUGCUGAUGUAACAUUUGACGCCACGGAUCUCGCUUUUGAUGAUCCAAAAUUCGACGCUUCUAUGGAACAUGAAAUUGUUAAUAACAUAUUGAAAACGUUGGAGGAUGAUUGGGCUGAUGACGAUUACGAUACCAUGGAACCUCUGAUACGUGAAGAUGCACAGAAUGUUUUAUCUCCCACAAAAUCAAUGAACAUGCGUAAGGACGUAAUGAUGUCUCCAGCAAGCGAGCUUAGUAACAUGACAUCUAUCAUGAAUAUAGAGGACGUUGCUGUACCAACAGAUUUGGAAAAUAUCUUGAAUAAUAAUAACGCAGCAAAAUCAGAAGAAAGUACAUCAGACGUGAAGAACGUGGAAAAGAAAUAUUUUCCAUUAUUCACCAAAGGAUAUACAACAAAUAAUUUAUUCGAAGAUUUCAAUGCCAAGGGAAAUCGUGGUGUAAAGAGAAGUGCUGCGUGGCAAAUGACUAUAAAAGGUGGUGGUGACGAGAAUCAGUAUCAGUUGGAUGCUGGACAAAAGAAAUUUGGAGCUACUUGUUGUACUGAAUGCGGAAUUGUAUAUCAGAUUGGUGACGCCGAGGACGAAAAUGCUCAUUUGAAUUAUCACAAUAGCGUGAAGACUUUGAAAUUUCCUGGUUGGAAAAAGGAACGUAUCGUUUCAGAAGAUCCUUUUACAUCCAGUAGGAUAAUCCUAAUUGAACCUAAUGAUUCGAAACAAUGUUGGAAAAAGGUUUCUGAUAUUCUUCAAGUAGUGGACAGAGAUCUUGGAUUGACUGAUGUCAAAGUGACAGACUAUCAAAAUAAGAAGAUUUACAUAUACGUGAGGGAUAAAAAUAUCUUGGGUGUCCUCGUAGCUGAGUAUAUAAAAAUCGCACACCGUAUGAUUCCGGAAUUAAUAGAAUUAGAUUGCUGCAGUGCAGAAACUACUCCUGUAAAGUGUGGAAUAAAUGUUGUAUGGACAGCCAUGAGUCAUCGUAGACAAGGCAUUGCGAAAAAGCUUGUGGAUACUGUUAGAGCAAACUUUCAUUUUGGUUAUGUGAUGUCGGUGGAUGAUAUUGCUUUUUCGAUGCCAACACCCAGUGGAAAAAUCUUUGCCGAGAAGUAUACCAAAACUCAAAACUUCAAAGUGUACAAUUAAGAUCUGCUUUUUUAAAUUAUUUUUUAUACGCACACCAUGCUCUAUGUAUUUUAAAUCUAGGUCAUAUUUUAAUGUCUAUUUUAUCCUGGUCAGAAGUUAAGUACACUUUGUACUUCACUAUGUUAAAUACUUCGUUUCAGAUAAUACUUUUUAAAUCAUUAAACUUAUUGUUUAUUUAUUUUAUAUGAAACACUCGGCAGCUCUUUGGCUAACUUGAGUGUUAUUUAAAAAAAUUUAUACAGGAGUUCUAACAGAAAAAUUUGCUAUACUUGUUAUCAAAAUUGAAUGAGUAUCGAUACAUAUAAGAUUAAUUGAUUUCAUAGCUCAAAUAAUUGAAUGCAAUGAGCCAAGGAGUUGUGAGUAUAUGCAAAGUUAGAUUAACUUUAUAGUAUCUACCUAGCAUAGUAGCAUAGUACAAUAAUUCAAAACUAUUUUUAUAUACUGCCAAAAACACCGCAGGAGUUCCCAUAAAAGUAUUUGAUCCACUUUUUUUGGUAAUUACUUUGUAUUCUUUAGAAGUUUAAGAGAAUGCGUGUGUUAUUAUUAAAAUAUGUGUGGAGCGAGCUUAUUCAAAAUUCUGUAAAAAUUCUCAAAGUACCCAUUAGACAACGUCCAGUAAUUGCUAAAAAUUAAUGGCAACACAAUACAGGAAAUAAAUACUUGAAACAAGGUGACGUACAGUAUUUAAAUAGAAUUUUAUAAAACUGUAUAUAAAGAUAGCAGAAGCACUGCCCCAUUAAAAAAAAACUGUCAUAUACUCAUGUUAUUCCAUUUUAAUAUUUACAGAUCAACUGUAACUGUCAAAUGUACAAAAAUAUACUUUUCUGUCAACUUUAUUCAAGAUCUUCACCGCAUACACGUUAGGCAUGUACAAAAAAAAAAAAUUCUUUGGUUGAAAUAAUA